ACCAUCAUUAAUAUCUAACAUUAUGGCUCAAAUUGAACAGGAAGAAAAACAUGGCGAUCAGCGCACACAGUAUACAUUCCAAAAAAAUCAACCCAAAGCUGUAAGUGUUGCAGCUCCAAGUGAAUCAUCAUACACAAAGUCUUCCAAACCAUCAUUAAUAUCUAACAUUAUGGCUGAAUUUGAACACGAAGAACACAGCAAUACUUCAAGCCUCUCAGAGAACAAUGAUGAUGACGAUAAUGAAUUUUAUACAAAUCUCAUUAGUGCGAUAAAUGAACGUAAUCCAUUAUGGGAUCAUCGGCUUCCUAUGGCAGAUCGUUAUGAGCCGAUAAAACAAAUGCUUUGGAAUGAGAUUUAUGUCGCACUGAAUGGUAUAUAUCCAAUAGAAAUUUUAAAGAAAAAAUGGAAAUACUUGAGGGAGAAGUAUGUCAGGGAAAAAAAAAACCAGCAAGUGGUGCUGCAGGAGGGAAAAAAAAAAUUUGGUGCCACAUGCAGUCAUUGCAUUUUUUAAAUGAUGUUAUUACCAGCAAUUAUAAGUAAGAUAAUAUAAUAAUGAAUAUUAAAAGGGAAAACAAUUUUUUUUUUUUGAAUAACAAAUGUAAUUUUAGGUACUAAUUGUCAAAUGUGCAUAACUAAAUUUUUUUUUUUUUUAGAACUACAAGCAACAUUCCAUCAUUGACCGAGAAUAUUUCACAUGUAGACAAAGAAGACUUCAAUGGACAGAGCGCUAAACCUACUAAAAGAUCAAAGUCUGACACUUUUGAAGAUUCGAUUUUGAAAGAAUUACGUGAGUCCAGACCUGUUGCUCCAUCUACCAAUUGCACCAUCGAAGAAGACGGGGACUUACAUUAUUGUAAAUACUUAGCCUCACUAAUGAAGAAUAUUCCAAAAAAAAAAAAAUAGCUUUGCAAUCAAAUCUUAUUUGCCAGGUAAAUAAUUGUUUGGAAGACUGAAAAUUUUGU